AUAUAAGCCAGUUUCUCAUCCCACUCGCUUCCGUUUCUCUGCCUGAUAUCUGACUUAAAGUCUUUAGUGCAAGUCCCUACAUGACCGAACAUUUUCUUGGUCAGACAUCUGGCAAUUUCAGUGCAUUUCUGUAUAGCACUGAAUAGCCCGAAACAGGAUGUUUUCAUUGGCUGAGGUAACCCCUGUCCCUUUCCUUUCCAAUGGGGUGCUGUUCUGAGAUAACAAAGUUCCAUACAGACAUCACAUUUCCCUUAACAGUGGUUUACUAGCCCUCAGAAAGUGAUAACGUCGUAAGACGUAGGAAGGAAUGAGAACUUCUAGUUGUGAAAACAGUCGGAACACAAAUCUUAGCAGUGUGUUUUACCAUGACUUUAUUCAAUAACCACGACUGAGGAGGUUACAAUGAACUGCUAAUGGAGUAGAGCAGGAUACUGUAAAGUGCAUGUACAGUGAAUACUGUUGAACUAUUAAAAGUAAGUAAUGUCGAAUCAUCCAUGAGACAGGGCUUAUGUACAUGUACAGUUAAAAAUAGGAUGUAGUUGAAGUGAAAAAACUUCAGAAAGGAAGUCUAAGUUAUGCAUCUGGAUUUGAUUCUCAGAAUGAUGACAACUGAAUGAGUAACCUCUUAGAAUAGUAAUCCUGAUAACUUCUAAAACACUGAGAAACCUUUAUAAGUCAAUGACAGCAUAACUUGGGUACGCAUGUGGGCUUAGCAAGGUCACAUACUCUGUAGGCGUAAACAAUAUGCGCAUGGUGUACAGUACAUCCGUGUGGGUGUAUAGGCUGGGUGUGCGCUUGUACAAGGAAAAGGAAUGAGUAAUGCAUCUAGAAAACUUGUAAUUAGGGCAAAUACCGGAAAUAAGAAGUUCUUAGAGUUAUACAGGUAGAAAUAUACAUCAAAAAUUGAAGUUAUUGUUCAGAAAAUGCUACAAAGUCAAGUUUAGCAAGGAAAUAUUGAAGCUUUUACUUAAAAGAAAUACUUGGAAUUUGUUAGGCCAGUCUCAUAGGGUUUGUGCGCGUGGCGUCAAGUGAUAUCUGUGGAUCAGUUUGUUUCACGUAGGUCUGGAUCUCGAUCAAUGAUCCCAUUGCUGGUUCGUUCUGUCCAGUUAGGCAGGUUUCGGUGUCAGUGAACCAAUGACGGAUCACCGAUCGUGAUACCGAUCCACGUGAAAUGAACAGGCCCUAUGUAUGGAACUCUUUCCAAGACAACCAUCUUUGGAAUGAUACAACAGUUCUUAUUUCAUUUCAUCCAUAGCGUUAGAAUUUAGCUGUGGGAUUUCUUUGUUAGUUUCACAAAUUUCAGAAUAGAUGUGAUACGGACUUACCACUUGCAAAGCCAUAGUGUGUUAGGCCUUGUUGCACCUUCACAAUUUAUUCUUGGCAGUGGUAUGAAAUUCACAUUCAAACGAUGACCGACUUUGUGAUGAUGUCGCUACUCGGAGGUAAUGAUUUUUUCUUUUCAGUAGACAGGUAUUUCAUGCUGAUUUAGACUUGCAGUGCACAGAAGGUUCCAUGACCACCGUUGCUCCGUUGUGACCAAGUCAUUCCUAAAGAUGUCCACAGAAGGAGGAUGAGUUCUUGAGUUGGAGGCAUCAAUUGAUGCUAUGUUGCUUUCCCAUUGUGUCAGAGGCCCAGCUUGUCCAUUUUUGCCACCAUGGGCUCCGAAGAACUGCAGACGGAUUUCAUGACGAUGACCCGCUUCAUGUUGGAGGAGCAGUCUCGGUGUGAAGGGGCGACAGGUGAGCUGACACAGCUCCUUAACUCUCUCAUGACUGCCAUCAAGGCCAUCUCUUCCGCCGUCAGAAAAGCUGGCAUCUCCAAACUCUUCGGCAUAGCUGGCUCUACCAACGUGACUGGCGACGAACAGAAGAAACUGGACGUUCUAUCCAAUGAUCUCUUCAUCAACGCCCUCAAGUCCUCCUUCACUGCCUGCGCCCUGAUCUCAGAGGAGGACGAAGACAUGAUUGUGGUUGACCCCGAUCGGGCCGGCAAGUACAUCGUGGCCUUUGACCCGCUAGACGGGUCAUCCAACAUUGACUGCUUGGUGUCCAUCGGCUCUAUUUUUGCAAUCUGGAAGAAGACUUCUCCAGGUCCAGUCACCUCGGCAGAUAUCUUGGUGUCUGGGCAGAGCCUGGUGGCCGCUGGGUAUGCACUGUAUGGUAGUGCUACCAUGAUGGUACUGACCACCGGAUGCGGGGUCAAUGGAUUCAUGCUUGAUCCGGCUAUCGGUGAGUUUGUCCUGACAGACCGCCUCAUACAAGUGAAGACUCGUGGCAAGAUCUACAGCAUCAAUGAAGGCUAUGCAGCUCUCUGGGACCCAGUGGUCACAGAGUACAUCAAACAGAAGAAGUUCCCCGAGGACGGUCAGAAGGCAUACAAUGCCCGCUACAUCGGGUCCAUGGUGGCUGAUGUCCAUCGCACCCUGGUCUAUGGUGGAAUCUUCUUAUACCCUGGGAACAAGAACAGCCCCAAUGGAAAGAUUCGCCUGCUGUAUGAGGCCAACCCCAUGGCAUUCAUCAUGGAGCAAGCCGGGGGAUUGGCCACAACGGGGACCAAGGACAUCCUGUCCAUCCAGCCUGGCCAGAUCCACCAGCGCUGCCCUGUCAUCAUGGGCUCGGAGGAGGACGUCCGAGACUUCCUGGCCGUGGCUAAGAAACACAGGAAGCAGGAGAAAGAGGGCAAGUGAAGCAGACGAUUGGAGGAUGAUGAAAUGUGAGAUUAAUAGUUGGCAUAGAUCAAGAUUCUAAUUUUUGGAUUGUGGUAGUGGGGUGCAAAAGGGUGCCAGGCAAGGUUGCCACCAGGAAGGGGAUAGACCUGUUAGUAAGCUCUUAUUAACAGCAAACUGACAAACCAUAAACAGUAGAAGACAAGCCAGUUCCAAGAUAUUUUCCAGCAAAUAGGUUAUUUUUAUCCCUUUACCUCCUUUCUUUUUUGUCUCUUCCCCAUUUCCUUGUUUUUGGGGAAUUUUUUCUUUUUACCUACCAAUUUUAUUUUUCUGAGAGGGAAGGUGGUCAGCCCUCUUUCCCCCGUGUGAUCCACAUGGUGCCAGGAUUGUAUUGUAGGAGGAUAACGACAGUGCAGAGAUGGCAAAGAUUGAAUGGGGUUGGUAAAAUUACACCAGAGGGGAUCUUUAUGUUAUUGGUUUCAUUGGUUUCUGGGUAAAUUGUAGACUCCACUGUGUCGCACGUCUUCUUGCUCCUACAAACCAUGCACAAACCGCACACAAAUGUUUAUUGUCAGGGGGAAGGCAGAAGGUAGGCUUUGUGCCCCAUUUAAGGGAGAUACAUAUACAUCAUGAUCAGUAUUUGAUCAGAUUUGAUCAGUAUUUGGCAGUGAGCAAAAAUCAGCAAUGUAGAUUGCAUGAUAUUUUGCGCGGUAACCAGUGAAAGUUUACUAUGGUGGACAAACAGCUGUGCUUAUCAGAUCCACAGAAUAAGCCAUUUGCGAGUUAAAUUUGAAUAAAAUCUGGUGCACUGAGUUGUCUGACUGCACAAAACAUUAUGAUUUAAAUUCCCCAGACUAAAGACACUGUUGCUAUACCUCGUGAUUCGGGGCAAGCUUUUGCAUAGCGACCACCAUCUCUGGAAUGGACUGGUUCCUUUGUGCCCUUCUUAUCCAUUGAGAGCAGUGUAUUGUUGUGAGGCAUCUCUUACGUAACUAAGCAAAAGCUUGCCCCUAAUCUCGAUGUAUAGCAACACUGGUUUUAGUAAGGAGAAUUCGAUUUGUUAUGUUCACGUGAAUUUAAAGCACUCAGUGUACCAGAUUUGGGUCGAAGGCUUAUUGCCCUUUCUUGAUAUCCAACGGGGAAAAGAAUGACUGGUGUCUUCCCACUGUUAUCAUAUUUUGUAGCAUUGCUCCCUUUUUCUGCCAUAUUCGUCUUCACACAAUCCACCCCUUCCGAAUGGCAUGUGCAUGUUGAAUAUGGGCGAUUCACAAUAGUGCACCACCAAGAGUUUGCAACACUGUGGCCAAUCAUAAUGCACUAAAUUUGUUG